AUGUCAAUCGGUGUUUGCAGUUGUGUCAUGGGGAGAGAUGGCAGCCCUUGUAAGCAUCAGUACAUAUUGCGGGAUUCCAAUGCUGCCAACUGCAUCAAUUUUGUCCCUAUCUCUAACCCACAGUCAAGACAAAAGCUUGCAUGGAUUGCAAUAGGCCAAACCUUGCCCAUUACCUACUACACAAAUCUCCGUGCUAAAAGCAACAACGCUCACAGCAUUGAAGCUGAAGAUCAAUCACAUCAAGUUAAUAGUUUGGAACAAACAGACUGCCAAGAAAUAAGCAUGGAUGAUUCCAUUUUGGUGGUGACUGAAGAGAGAUUGAAACAAGAGCACAUACAAGAAGGUAUUACAGCAGUAAAAAGAGCCUGUGAGUCAUUGGUUGAGAAACUGAAGUCUACAGGUGACAAGAAUUUGUCCAAAGGUAUGAAACAGUUCUCAGCCCGUUUGAUGAAGUUAAGCAGUGGAAUGCCUGGGAGCUCAGUAUCUGCACUUUUCAACUUUGGCACUGAUGAAUUGGGAAGUACCAGAACUGGCAAAAAGAUUAAAAUCCAGCCUGGCAGAAAACGAAAGUCAAGCAAUGGUAGCUGUCAAGCUGUCGCCAAAGGAAGGUCAACAACUCUUAAGUGUUUAGAGCCACCAAGAAAGCGUGCGAAACGUCAGCACAGUCUUGCUAUUGGCAGUGAAGGAAAAUGUACCUCCAAGCAAAAAGUCUGGGUCACAUGUGAUGAGAUCAAAAUAUUAAAUGUGCUUAAAUUAACUACAAAACAGCAAAUAUUUGACA